GGAGCCGCUCAUCCGGGACAUCGGACGCAUGACGUCAAGGCGCCGAAAUAAACAACAGCGCUCAAUGACCAUGAAAGCUCGUGCGGUGUUACCUGCAGAAAUUAAAGCACAUUGAUGCGUUUUAUGAUUCCGCGCAGCUGUUUCUAACAGUAGUGGGAAGCAACUUUCGCAGUGAUGCAGGCGGAGGAGGCGCAGUCCAAACUGGCGGAGCGGGUCGAGUCCAUGGGAGUCAGUGAGGAGGAGAAAACUACAGGAAAACACGAGGAAAACGAGCAGGAGAGAAGCCACGACACAAAUGAAGCCCUGAAAGAUGCGACAGCAGAGGACGAGUCGAAUGCUGAAGGAGACAAAGAAUCCAUGGACGCGGAGCAGAAAGAUGAACGGAGGCGGCGGAGGACAGCAGCAGCAGCCGACGGAGGAGGACUGGGAGAUCCCGUACAGCGACGAGGAGAUGGAGGACCCCAAGAACUGGAUGCCUUCGCCCGAGGAGAUCAAGCGGCUCUAUGAGAUUCUGGCUAAAGGAGAAAUGCUGGAGCUGAACUGGGAGCCGCUUCCACGCCGACCUCCGACCCCUCCGCGCACCCCCUCGCCCGAGAGAGACGGAGACGACUCGCAGGACGCCAAACAGGAGGACAACCAGCGCAAGGCGCUCACACCCACUGAAUUUGAUUUCGAUGAGGAACAGACUAUGGCAACCCCCAAAAACUCUUUCCUCAGUCGCCGCAGAACUCCAGGCUCCUCCGGCCGCUCUACGGUGAAGCGCGAGGCGCGGCUGGAUAAAGUGCUGUCGGACAUGAAGCGGCACAGGAAAAUCGAGGAGCAGAUUCUCAGGACGGGUCGUGAUCUGUUUAAGAGCGACAAAACGCGGCCGGUGCCCGUCGUGGAGAAGCCCUUGUCGCCCAACAGUCAGCGCGAGCGGGAGAAAGAGCGAGAACGAGACAGCGACCCCAGCACCGUCUUCAGUCCCAGACAGAGGAGAUACUGAGGAAAACAACAGACUGCUUGAGUAAAUGCCAGGAUUUUCUAGGGUUUGUACACCCUAAACCAUCAGAAUACUUCAUUUCGCAUUGGACCAUGAGAUGCUACUAUUUCACUAUUGUGUUUUUUUAUUCAGGUUUUUUUAUGUGAAUAAAUAAGUGUAUUGUCUAGCUGCUGGUGUCCUGCUGUUUUUUUAAUGACUGUUUUUUCUUUAAAAAUAGCACAAAAGGUUUAAAAUAAAAACAAAUGUAAAGCGUUGGGAGUCUGUGAUCAUGGGAAAACCUGAAAUGUAGAAUCUCCCUGUUUUCCAGUCCUGGAAAAUCAUGGAUCUUUUUUUAUUAAUUUUCUUUUACAUUUUACAUUCAUCUCAACAUAAUUUUUUGUUUUCUAUUUGGCUUCAACUGGUUUCCACCAUGGAAUAAAAAUAUUAAAAAGGUAAUUGCAACUUUUUACCUCAUUUUGACUUUUUUCCUGCAAUUGUGGAUUUCUAUCUCACAUUUCAGACUUUUCUUGGAAAUGCAAGUUUAUAUCUUGGAAUUCGGAGUUUACGUCUCACAACUCUUUUCCAGUUAAAUUGUCGUUGACCACAAUUCUGAGGUGA